AUGGACGCCGAAUCGGAGGGAGUGCCCCCGGUGGCAACGGGCAGUGGACAACCGCCCACCAGCGACACCGAUUUCGAUCUAGCUGCAAGGCGAAAGAUGUUUAUGUCACAGCCCUCGACCGUCGCCAUCCGGCGUCAGCAGGCCGUCUGCGUUCGGCGGGCCCACAAAAUCUACGGCACCAAGAAGAAUCCCAACGUCAUCCUGGACGGGCUGAACAUGACCGUCCCCAAGGGUUCGAUCUACGGUCUGCUGGGCGCUUCGGGCUGCGGUAAGACAACGUUGCUAUCCUGCAUCGUUGGCAGGCGAAGGCUGAACUCGGGUGAAAUCUGGGUGCUGGGAGGUCGGCCCGGUUCGAGAGGGUCCGGUGUGCCCGGUCCACGCAUCGGCUACAUGCCGCAGGAAAUCGCACUGUACGGCGAGUUCACCAUCCGCGAGACGCUGAUCUACUUCGGCUGGAUCUACGGCAUGACCACGGAGCAGGUCGAGGAGAAGACCGACUUCCUGUGCAAGCUGCUGCAGCUACCGAACGCGUCCCGCUUCGUGAAGAACCUGUCCGGGGGCCAGCAGCGUCGAAUGAGCCUCGCGGCGGCCCUGCUGAACGCACCCGAGCUGCUCAUCCUCGACGAACCGACGGUUGGCGUCGAUCCGGUGCUGCGCCAGAGCAUCUGGGACCAUCUGGUCGAAAUCACCAAGUCGGGCAACACGACCGUCAUCGUGACGACUCACUACAUCGAGGAGACACGACAGGCGCACGUGAUCGGACUGAUGCGCGGUGGCAAGUUUCUUGCGGAGGAAUCGCCGGCCGAUCUGCUGACGCAGUACCAGGCGGAGUCGCUAGAGGACGUGUUCCUGAAGCUGUCCGUCCUACAGAACAUGGGCAAGCGGAGGCGCUCGUCGAUCGCACAGGAGGUGGUGGAGCACGUGCGGAUACCGGCCAUCAGUAACCCGGCGUUGGAUCUGUCCCCAGAGGAGGACCACGGGGAGAUAUCGGGAGAAUUCGGGGACAACAUUUCGAUGUCUUCACGAGGUCCCGAUGCGGUCACGCCAGAAAUACAAGCGCCACCAUUGCCACCGGAGGAGGACGCUAAGACACCGUUCAUCGAGUACAUGAAGUUUAUCAAACCGAACCACAUGAAGGCACUGAUCUGGAAGAACUUCCUCUGGAUGUGGCGUAACGUUGGAGUGAUGGCAUUCAUCAUCGGUCUACCGGUGGCGCAGAUUAUUCUCUUCUGCUGGGCCAUCGGCCAUGACCCGACGGGUCUGAAACUGGCCGUGGCAAACUACGAGCUCGAGGAGGCAGGAUUCGGACUACAGGAAUGCCCAGUUUAUCCCGGGUGCAACUAUUCUCUACUCAGCUGUCGUUACAUGGAAUUCCUGAAAAACAGGAGUGUAGUAUUGGAACUCUUCUCUAACGAAAACGACGCACUGAAGGAAGUCAGCCGCGGGAAAGCCUGGGGAGCCCUCGUGUUUGCCUCGAACUACUCCGAUUCUCUAGUCGAACGUACGGAGCGGGGUCGAGAUGUGGAUGACAUCACAAUCGACUCGGCCAACCUUGCCGUUACCAUGGAUAUGUCAAAUCAACAAAUAGGCACCCUUCUGUAUCGGGACAUUCAGUACGCUUACUUCGACUUCAUCGAAAACAUCCUGAUCGACUGCGAGGUCAACCCGUCGAACGGAAGGAUCCCGUUCCAGUGGAAUAAACCCAUCUACGGCGAUCGUACGCCGAACUUCACUGACUUUGCUGCCCCUGGUGUUAUACUUACUAUCAUUUUCUUCUUAUCCGUCGCCCUGACCUCCGGUGCUAUGUUGAUCGAGCGGAACGAAGGUAUUCUGGAGCGCUGCCUGGUCUCGGGCAUCACCGGCAUCGAGAUUCUAUUCUCGCACGUCACCACCCAGUUCCUGGUGAUGUGCUUCCAGACGGCGCUGGUCAUGGUGUUCAGCUUCUCUGUCUUCAAUCUCACCAACCGGGGCGACAUCGUGUGGGUCGUGCUGUUGACCAUCCUCACCGGGCUUUGUGGCAUGUGUUUCGGCUUCGUGGUGUCGUGCUCGUGCGAGAACGAACGGUCAGCCACCUACAUGGCAAUGGGCAGCUUCCUGCCCAUCGUCAUGCUGUGCGGCAUCAUCUGGCCCAUCGAGGGUAUGCACCCGGUGGUGCGCCUGUUCUCCGUCUUUCUGCCGCUCACGAAAUCGACCGAAUCGCUACGCUCGAUCCUGCAGCGCGGCUGGCUCAUCGAGGAUCCGAACGUCUACAUCGGGUUCGCGUCCACUGCCAUCUGGAUCGUCAUCUUCCUGACCAUCAGUAUACUGCUGCUCAAGUUCAAGAAGGGAUAAAUCUGAAGCGGUAAACACCCGUUUCGGAUUCGCGGCGACUAGUUUAUCCCAAGUUCCA